GUCGGUUCGGUCGAUUAUACAGAAUAAGUCGAGCUAAGGGAUAAAACCUUCGUCUAAUAAAAAUACCCACGUUUCUUGUAUCGAGGAUAAUAAGGACAAUGGCACUUUUUCGUUUGAGCGCGGCACGAUGCUUAGAACUACAAAAACUAAGCUCACCAAUAAUUCUACGUCCUUUGUCGGACGCCGCCACGGAUUUGAAGAAAGUCCUUGCGGAUAAAAUCCCACAGGAGCAGGAACGUAUCAAGGCUUUCCGUAAGCAACAUGGUAACACCAAAGUCGGCGAAGUCACUGUUGACAUGAUGUACGGAGGUAUGCGUGGUAUUAAAGGUCUAGUUUGGGAACCAUCAGUAUUAGAUGCCGAAGAAGGCAUCAGAUUCCGUGGCAAGUCUAUUCCCGAGUGUCAAAAGUUAUUGCCAAAAGCACCUGGUGGUGCUGAGCCAUUGCCAGAAGGUCUGUUCUGGCUUUUGAUUACCGGGGAAGUACCAACUGAAGCUCAAGUAAAAGCCAUCUCUCAGGAAUGGGCAUCAAGGAGUUCUUUACCUGCUCACGUAACCAAAGCUCUCAAUGAUUUUCCUAAAUCUCUUCACCCCAUGACCCAGUUCUCAGCUGCGAUCACGAUCCUCAACAGUGAGAGCGAGUUCGUAAAAGCCUACAGCAGCGGAGUGCACAAGUCUAAGUUCUGGGAGGCCACCUACGAGGACUCGAUGAAUCUCAUUGCCAAGUUGCCUGUAGUUGCUGCGACAAUUUACCGCAACGUCUACAAGAACGGCAAAGGUCUGGGAUCUGUCGACAGUGGCAAAGAUUGGUCGUGGAACUUUGCUAGCAUGCUCGGUUACGACAACAAAGAAUUCAUCGAAUUGAUGAGACUCUACCUCACAAUCCACUCUGACCACGAGGGUGGAAACGUAUCUGCUCACACUACUCACUUGGUUGGAUCAGCUCUCUCUGACCCCUACCUCUCACUUGCCGCUGGUAUGAACGGAUUGGCUGGACCACUUCACGGUCUCGCUAACCAGGAAGUACUAGUGUGGCUCCAAAAAUUAAAGACACAGGUCGGCGAAAAUCCUUCCGAUGAAAAGCUCAAGGAAUUCAUCUGGAAUACACUGAAGAGUGGACAGGUUGUACCUGGAUACGGACACGCUGUGCUCAGAAAGACUGACCCGCGGUACACUUGCCAGAGAGAGUUCGCCAUGAAACAUUUGCCCAACGACCCAUUGUUCAAGCUCGUCUCCCAAGUUUACAAAGUCGUCCCUCCAAUUCUAUUGGAAACUGGCAAAGUAAAGAACCCAUGGCCCAACGUAGACGCUCACUCUGGUGUACUCUUGCAAUACUACGGAAUGAAGGAAAUGAACUACUACACCGUACUGUUUGGUGUAUCCCGAGCGCUUGGUGUCUUAUCAGCUUUGGUAUGGGACCGUGCUCUUGGACUACCAAUUGAAAGGCCAAAGUCACUCAGCACUGAUCUCCUGAUGAAAGCUGCUAAGGCUGCCUAAAUAUAAUUAUCAGUAACUAUUGUCACUAGUUAAAGGUCACCACGUCCAUACCAGCAACGGCAACCAGCAACAACAAUAGGCAUCAUCAUACAAAUACAAUCAUCGAGGUCGUUUUAAUGCCAUCGUCACUUUACAAUACACACAAUAAUUAUUAACGAUCUCGUCUAUGCUCAUUUAUAUUAUCUAUUAUUAUUAUUAUUAUCAUUAUCAUUAUAACUUAACAUCGUCUAUCGUUUUGUCGAGCAAUUAAUCAAUUUAUUAUCGAUUUAAAAAUUUUUCACUCCGUAAAUUUAUAUUUUUCAUGGUAAUUUUUAUUUUUAAUUACCGAUUAUCAAUCAAAAAAAUUUUCUCAUCAAUUAAAAAAAAAAAUUUCUCUUUGUAUUAAAAUAAAAUUGUUAAAUUUUUUAAUUAAAAAAAAAAUUAUCGCGAUUCAUAGAAUUAAUUGUUGAAUAAAAAAUAAUAAUUGAUUUAUUUGCGACACAUUUAAAUUAACUGAGUAUUUUAAAAUCUUAGUUUUACUUAAAAAUCAAAUUUUCAUUUAACAUCAUCACCAUUAUUAUUAUUAUUAUAAAUAUUAUUAUUAUUACUAAAAAUCAUGUUUAUUUAAAUAAAUAAAAUUAAAGUAUCGACCACAGUUGGAUGCUUAAGAGCGGCGCCAACUUGUGGUCGGAUAAAUGAUUUAAAAAAUAAAAUAAUAAAUCAUGUUUAUGAAGACACAAUACUGCCUAGGUCGUGACUAUUUUAGAGCUACUGUUAGAAUAAAUAAACGAACAAUAAUUAGAGGUUCAUAAAAAAAUGAUAGCUAGUAAUAAUUGUUUAAAUAAAUGAAAUGAUUAAGUUUAAAUGUGGUUACAAAGUUGAUUAAAUAGGCAAUCAGCACUAAUGCUAAUUACAUUUUGUGCUAGCUAGUCUGGAUGUCACUGUAUUAUUGAUCGUUCGACAGUGUGUUCUUAAGUAAUAAUUAAUAAUACGAUAUGAUAAUAAUAAAUAAAAAUAUUAUUUAAUUAAAAUAUUAGUAACAGUAAAUAUCCGUGUAAAAAAUUUUUUUAAAAAACGUUUACUUCUAAACUUCAAAAUUAGACACGACGAAUUUUUUUUAAACGUUUUUUUGAAACUUAAUGAUUCAAGAAAAAAUUAAUUAAUAUCCUGUUAGCAGACGAUUAACAAUUUUUGGAUUUUUUUUCAACAUAUCAAUUAAAAAAAAUAUGCGUAUAGAAAAUUAAAAAAGCUAUAGGUGCAUUUUUUUAUAGUUUAUAAAAAAAUCCAAAAAUUAUUAGACGUCGGUUAAAGAGUGUGAGUGUGAACUGACAGGAGGGAAUUUUUUAAAUUUUGAAGCAAAUAAAUAAAAUGUAAGUGGAAUAAAAAUUAAAAAAUGCGUAUUUAGAUAAAUCAAAAAUCUGUACGCGCGUUUUUUAAAAUUUCAUUAUUAAAAAUUUAUAAAUUGUCUCAUAUCUGUUAUAUUCACUCAUACUUUUGUAUCAUAUUUAAAAUAUGCAAAAAAAAAACGUUUAGAAAUAAUUCAAAAUCAGCGUUUUCUGAACGUAUUUUGCACUGAAAAAAUUAUGAAACUCAGCGCUUUUAGUGACGUCAAAAAAAGUGUACAAAAGAGCCGAAAAACGUAUCAAGUCCAAUUGUUUUCUUCUUUGUAUUUUUCGAAGUUUAAAAAUCAUUUAAAAAAAGUUUGUCAUUGUCACGUUUUUAAAGUUAUAAUAGUAAACAUUUUGAAAAUUUUUUUUACACGGGUAAUAAUUCGGUAAUUAGACUUUUACGUAAGUCUCGAAAAUUUGUAUAAACUAAAUGAGAAUGAAUGAGUGUGUGCGAUACCUAAUUUAUAAUAAACGAUUUUAAAAUAAAUAGAAGUCCCACAAUUUCAA